UCCCAACGGACACCGCCGUCUCACUGACUUUUCCUUCAGCGCUGUAUUACGCUUUUAUGCGUUAUCUGUUUCUUUUAAGUGCGAUACGUUUAAAGGAAUUUCAUUUACCUGUAGAAAAGUACAGAUUCGUCGGGUUGGCGUUUGGAGGGACAUAAAAGUUUCCUUCGGGAAAUGAACAGGCUGUUCAGCGCAGGUGAAGGACCGUGCAGUUGUUAAGACCUCCACCUUGCAGACUGAUCAGUUUAUUGGUUACCAUGGACCUGAAGGAGCGCAGACACCGUACGUUAACCCACAGGCCAUGUGGAAAAGAUUACCAGUUCACCACCUCCACCCUGGCCAACGACGAGUGCCGCGUACCCACCCAGAAAUCCUACAGCUCCAGCGAGACCCUAAAGGCUUUUGAUCACGACUCGCGUCUUCAUUAUGGGGGAUGUGUGGCUGACCUGGUGCACCAUGAAGCUGAAGAGUUCACCAGACAAGGAGGGAACUUUACUUUGGCCGAGUUGGGCAUUUGUGAACCACCCUCUCAUCAGAAUGCAUACUGUCCAGACAUCGGUCUCCUACAACGCGGUUACUCUUUAAGCGCCGGCUCCGAUGUAGACUCCGAUCCGGAAGGCCCAAUCUCACCAGAGCGAGCCAUCCAGCUAUGGGGAGGCCACGGCAUCAAAUCUCGCCGCAGUUCUGGCCUCUCCAGCAGAGAGAACUCCGCCCUCACCCUGACAGACUCUGAGAAUGAGAACAAGUCGGAUGACGAAUCAGUGAUGCGGGGUGGUGUUGCUUAUCCACGGUGGGAAAUUGAAAUACGGCACACGCUCACACACACAAAUAUGUGCACAUAUCUGCCUGAGACCCUCAUGGUCGAUCAAGACCUAGACGAGCAGAAGACGAGACCCAGUCCAAUCAGUGCUGCUUACCUGGCCUGA